GUCGUGAACCAUUUCCGCUUGAUGGGUUGACGUCUGCAUUCGCAACCAGACAUGACUGACCGGAAGUCCAAAUGAUGAGGGUGUGGUGGUUGGGUGAUGGUUCAGAUCAACACCCACACAGCAGCAACAAAGGUCUCUCUUUCUUUCGCUCAAGUUUCAGUGAAAUGUGUGCUCAUAAAAUCAGCCAUUGGUCAUUAUACAAGCCAUAUUAGAAAGCUGCCAACAAGCCCCACAACAAACUCUGUUCCCCACCAUCUGAAAAGAAUUCUCACAGAUUACAGUUAGCACCAACGCGAAAGAUACGGCCCAUUUUGAAAUUGAAAUUGCAAACAAACAAGAAGAACCAUGGACACCCUUCCGUUUUCUCGAUACCUCGCCCUGGCUGUUGGCCUGGUGCAGCCUUGGGACCACAACGAUUCUGACCUCCUUCAUCCUUACUCCAAUUCCUUUGAUGAUGAUGCAACGAUUCCAAGCGCCCGAAGCACCGCCAGUAUCAACGAAACCACGUCGCCUCCCACACGCCUCCGUCAUGGUUACAAUGACCAAACCUCCCAGGUUGGUCAAGGCGACGAGGACUAUGAUGGAGAAUGGUGGUACACAAUGCUCUUUAUCCUCGCAUUCUUCCUGGUUGUCUUACUUAGCUACUUGGUUCGUGAAGGAUUCUCCCGUAUUUGCGGAGGUGCUUGCUGUCCUGAAAGUCUGCUCCAAGAAGCAGACAGAAGCCUCCACCGCAUUCGCAACAGUGCACAAGCCCCAACCAGUCCUCUGACGCAAGAAGAACGCCAAGCCAUCAAGCUCCAAAAGCAACGACAAGAGCGCCGCUUGUGGUAUCAGUACUAUUUGAAGCCAUACAUUGUCGUCUUGACAGCUUCCAACUUCAAAACCAGUGAACAAGACGAAGAAGAUUCACUAGAGAAGGAGGAGGAGCCAGACCUUGAGCUUGGAACCAAGGACGAAUUCUGCCGUCCCUGUGAUGAAAGUGUUGAGGAAGGCAAAGAGACACGCACAAGCAUUCGAAUCUCUACAGACGGCGAUGCAGAACACGAAGGCAACACCACGCCUGCUUCGGGCCUUUAUGCGGCGUUGGAGGAGAAUACCAAGAUGAUGACAUUGUGGGAUCCUCAUGACACAUGCUACCGAGAAAUUGAAGCCAACUGCACAAUCUGCUAUGAUGACUACAAGGUUGGGGACACACUGGUCCGUUCCGCCGCUGACGAAGAAGGAGAGUAUUGCACUCAUGUCUUCCAUUACGAGUGCAUGAUGGAAUGGCUUGAGAAGGGAAAGAAACGAUGCCCAAUCUGCCGCCAUUGGUUUGUUCCUGCCAUUCGGAUCCACCAGCAGAUGCAGGAAGCCCAUGUCGAGACCCACCCCGACUCGGUUCGUCAUUUGUAUGACUCUCGAACCAUGCAAGGAUUGGCUUCACUACAGAAUGAUACGGAUUCCGUCAUGUCGGGAUCGUCCAACAUCGACGACGAUCACCAUCAAGGCAUCCCUGUCUUCGACGUGGGACAUCACCGCCAUGCCUCCAUGGGUGGGGAUCCCGCGAGCCAUGCCUUGGACCUAGAUAUCAUUCCUGCUGCUCUCUCAACCUCCAUCGUCAACAACCAGCAGCAUGAUCUUUCGGCGCGCUCUGGUGACCGCCCAACACGACGACGCAGCUAUCCCUCUCAUAGCGCCCUUGUCCUCCCUUCCGACUAUCAAGCAUCUCUUCGGGAGUGGUCGCUCCACGCCACGUAUGAUGUCUGAUGCCAAACAAACCAAUCAACGCAGGAUAUCGGGGCUUCCUAGCGACCUACUUCCACUACCGCUUCCAAAUGACCAACAACUUACAAGACCUAUCCUUCAAGCACCUACACGUUUUAAAAAUACAGUAAUUUGCAUGCUACAUAACGUUUACUUUUAGAGCGAAUCCAUUGUACAUACAUCAUUCUCCAUGCGU